AUGGAUGCCUCAGAUCUUUCCCGAGUGGACCAGCAACGCCAAGCCUUAGAGGAGAACUUGAAGAAGUUGCGGCAAAGCCUGACCUACUGGCAAACCUUCGAAGCUGAGUACGAAGGCCUUAAGGAAGAACUUCAAGACGCUUUGCCCAACGUCGGACCUGACGCGCUUUUGGACCUUACCAAGACUUACCAGGGCGAGCUCGUCAAUGAGAGUCUCGUCCGCGAAUUAGCCGGCCUGGAUAAGGGAUCCCCUCGUACUGCGCUCCAGAUCAUACGAGACAUCGAGCGCCGGCAGGAGUACGUUCGGCGCAACGUCGAAACGAUCCAACGCCGGUUCUUCGAAGGGGAAGCGAAGCUCGAAGAGUUCGAUUUUGCGGCAACUCGGGACUCCGCAACGGGUCUGCCACUGACUGAGAUCGAAGAGCUUCUUGAUGAUGACGAUAAUGUUGUUUCAAGUCGUGUCAGACAGCCAGAAGCGGAGCAAAGUAAGCUUGUAGAUAGUCUACGGAACGCGGGUCUGACGACGAGCGACCUUGAAGGUGGUGUAGAAGGCGGCGAGGAAGUUGCGAAAGUGCCGCUGAAGCCUGCAAUCACCUACAGCAGCCCGCCUAUUACCGCCUCGCAUAGUCUAGCAUCAACGAACAAUGAUCAGCGCCCAUGGCCAACGUCUACGUUACCGACAGGAGAUUCCACACAUGACGAAUCGAGUCCUGAGCGGCCCUCCAUCCGGAAGAAGUCAGUCUCCUUCACCGCAGACACAAAGGCUGUACCGGACAUCAUACGCUUCGAGCACGAAGACGGAAAAAAGUCGGUGUCGUUUGCGGAGAAGGUUGCAAUCGCGCCCGCUGCUCCUCUUCCUGAUACAAGAACCGUGCAAUUUUCACCCAAGGUCGAGGAGAUACCUGCACAGCCGCUGGGUCCAGCAUCACCGCAGGCGCAAGCUACGCAACCAGGUGCCGCGAACACAGAGAUGCAGAGGGACCUUCGAGCCUCCUUCAAGCCUGGCGAUAGGGUCAAGACGAUUGGCGACGAUGACGAGGUAAUCACGGAGGAUGUUGUCCUGCCAGGAAGUGAGUCCGUGGAACAUGCGACGACGCGGCGGGAGAUGCUUGACUAUCACUUGCAUGAGGUUGGCCACGUUGUCGCGCAAAUGGACCUCGAUGACGGCGAUGGCUACGAUAACGAUGACGAAGCGCACGACGAGUUCGAUGACGCAAGUUCACAUUGGACUGCCUCCUCUGUUUUUGGUGACGAAGACACCCCAUCUACAAGUGGCUUCUCUGACGAUGAAGACGAAGAUGAGUACGGCCGCACAAAGGGCAAGGUCAUUGGGGAUGACUACCGAAAGCAAAUGCUUGAGAUGCAGGAUCGCCUGAUUGGCAACCUAGGACCAGUACCCGACGAUGCAGAGCUUGCAGAUGUCGAUGCGGCUAUUGACCCCAGCGACGUACGCCGGCUCGUUAUCCGCAACAAGCGAACCUCCACAUCAUCGGCAAGCUCUGACAGUAGCGAGAAGAAGCUUGGCGGCAAGAAGCGCGUAAGCUUCGCGGAGGAUCUGGACGUUGCAGUGCCCGGCAGCCCACUGCUCAAGGCGCAAAAGCAUACGGAGGGCCAGAACGCCCCGCCUGUAUCAGACACCAUUGCGGAGCGGUCGACAGCGGAAUCGCAUUCACUGCCCGCGCAAGGCACGCCGGCAAAAGCUACCCGUUCCAAGAAGACACGGGCCGUGCCUGCGGAUGAUGCAGAUGCUGAUAGCACUGCCUCUUACCAGGCAGGUCAGACGCUGGCAGACACGCUUGUAGAGCGACCAACGCCAGCCAAGCCUAAUCUCGCGUCCUCAAUGCAUAGUCUUGAUCCGGUGGCUGAGCGUCGUCAGCUCGCGGAGGAGUACUAUCGCCGGCGUAAUGACAUCGUUCGACAGCAGGGUGGUUUUGAAGCCGACCUUGACGAAGAUGAGGAGCUCGGUGAGCUGAUGGAGGUGCGGGACGGUAAGGUGAAGAAGGUAAGCAGGUUCAAAGCUGCCCGUAUCAAGCCACAGUAA